GGCAGCCUAAGCUGCUUACCUCCCAUCCAUUGCACUACAACAUCAUCCUUAGCAUUCUUCAUCGAUUUGGCACAGCCAUCAUCUAGCUACGAGCUCACAACUUCAACGACCCCUGGCAGCAAUGGCGGCGAUCACCGGUGGAAGGGUGGCGCUCGCGGUGGCCGCGCUCCUCUGCGCCAUGGCGGCGACGGCCGCUGCGCAGCAGGCCUCCAACGUGCGCGCGACGUACCACCUGUACAACCCGGCGCAGAACGGCUGGGACCUCAACCGCGUCAGCGCCUACUGCGCCACGUGGGACGCCAACAAGCCGCUGUCGUGGCGGCAGAAGUACGGCUGGACCGCCUUCUGCGGGCCCUCGGGCCCUAAGGGCCAGGCCUCCUGCGGCAAGUGCAUCAGGGUGACGAACCGUGCGACGGGCGCGUCGAUCGUGGCGAGGAUCGUGGACCAGUGCAGCAAUGGCGGGCUGGACCUGGACUUCGAGACGGUGUUCAAGAAGAUCGACACCAACGGGCAGGGCUACCAGAGGGGACACCUCAACGUCGACUACCAGUUCGUCUCCUGCUGAGUGAGCACGCGCACACAUGGACCGGGAGGAACCCGGCCGGAUGUAGUAACAAGCCUCGCUUUAUAUUAGAUAUGUGUGGGGUGAUGGAAUAAAAGAUAAUAGAGACUCGGAUGAUGUGGUAGCUAGUAAUACAGAAUAAACGAAACCGCAUUGGACUAAAUAAUAAAGCGGGAUUUCGAUAUUAA